GUUAACUAAAAUUAAUUUUGCUUAUAUCUUUAUAUUUCAGGUUUAAAAGCUGACCUAGUAGAGAGAUUGCACCAACACUAUGCUGAGCAAGAACCAGCAGACGAAUACGAAGAGGAAGAAGGUGAAGAGGAGAGUAUGGAUACAGGUGGACAAUUUUCACCUCCACCCCAGGUGUCUCAAGGUCCACCUUCUGGACCUCCCUCAUUAAUGACUAUACCAGUUCAGGAACCUCAACAGAAAGCUAAGGCACCACCACCGCCAGGUCCAGCUCAUGUGACCAGAACCUCUCUUCAAAUGAGGUUGCAGCAAAUGGCAGGACAGUCUUCAGAUGAAAAUUCAAGUUCUCAGGGUCAGUCGCCCAGUCAGCCUUCAACACAACCUCCUCCUUUGAUGGCUCAACAAGUUCCGCCUCCACAGAUCAGCCAGCCUUCUACGCAGCCACCCCCUUUGAUGUCCCAGCAGGUUCAGCCCCCUAAACCACAAAUGAAUCAACCUCCAUCUUUAAUGUCUCAACAAGUCCCUCCUCCCAAUCCUCCACAAAUGGGUCAGCCACCACAACUAAUGCAGCAACAGCCUCCAGGUAUGGGGCUACAGCAAGGUCAGCCACCACAAAUGGGACAGCCUCCCCAACAGAUGAUGAGCCCGCCUCCACUUGGUCCUCCACCACAGAUGAGCCAGCCUCCACCGCUAGGCCCUCCCCCUCAAAAUAUGGGUAAACCACCACAAAUCGGACCGCCCCCUCAUGCAAUGGGAGGACCACCUCCACUUGCUCCACCAGGUACACAGAUAGGACAACCUGUUCAGCCCCCACCUCCUGGUCAAAUGCUACCACAAGUUGGCCAACCUCCUGGGCAAAUGGGCCAGCCUCCACAACUUGUCCAAUCAUCUCAAAUGGGUCAGCAACAACCAUUGCAGGAUAUAGACCUUCAAGAGAAGAUAGCCAUGCAGACAAGGUUGAUAGAACAAGAGAGGCAGCAAGAACAACAUCGUCUCCGUGAGCAACAGGAACAGCAACGUAUGAGGGAACAGCAACAGAAAGAACGAUUAGCAAUACAGAAACAAGCUAUACUCUUACAACAACAGCAUCAACCACAGCCACCAGCACCUGGUGCAGAGGAAGGAACAGAUUUAAUGGAGAAAGUUAGACAACAACAAAUCAUGUUAGAGCAACAGAAACAGAAAGAAAGAAUGGAACAACAACAGCAGGCAUUGUUGGAGCAACAGAAUCAGGCAAUAAAGAAACAGGAGGAGGAGCGACGUCGUAACGAGGCAGAGUUAAUACGUCAACAACAAAUAGCCCUGAUGGAGGCAAAAAGAGAAGAGCAGCAGAAAAGAAUAAGGGAAGAAAGACGAGGACCGCCCACAACAGGUGAAAAUGAACAACAGCGCCCAGCUCCUAUACCUGCAAAUCAACCGUUCAAUCCUAGACCAUCUCUGCUUCAUGGUCCAGGUCCAAGACCUUUGUUACCUACCAGUUCACCCAGUGGCAUACCACCCCUGAUGCCACCUAGGACAUCAGCAAGUAUUCCUCCAUUGAUGCCUCCGUCCUCCAGCAGUGAACAGAUACGACCUCCUAGACCACCUGAGGAAAGAAUGGACAGAGCCCCUCAGGAGCCAAGGGAGCUGAAAUUGCCCUCAGCUCUGGAGAAAGUCCUCGCAUUUAAAGAUGUGAGGGCCCAGGAAGUUGGUCUUACACCAGAGGAACUGGAACAGUUGAACAUGCCUGAAAAGAAACCAGUAGAAGAUGAAGAUGAUGAUGAGAUUGAGAUGGUAGAAAUGGAAGAGGAAGAUGCUAAUGAUGAUAAUGAUGAAGUUACAAGACCAGAUCCUGCAAGAGAGUCAAAGAAUAAGAAAAAGAAGAAGAAAAAGAAGAAGGCAAAACAAAACAGGAAACUAAAGCAAACAGAGAAACCCAUAGAGCCUCAACAACAGGAUGAACCCGAUGUUCAAGUGGAGUAUGUACAGGAGCAGCUUGACCUUGACCCCACAGAUCCUAACUACUUUAUCUUCAGUAAAAUAUUUGAAACUUUCAAGAUAACAGAUGAAUCAGGUCGUGACCAGCCACAAGUGGUGGAAAGUCUACCCGAGAAAGCUAGUGAACCUAAAGCCAAGAUGCAUGACCCUGAUAAUGAUGACAGUGAUGAGGAAAUGGAUGAUAAAUUAGAAGAUGACGGUCCAAAAUUGUCAAAAAAGAAGUUAAAGAAGUUGACGCGUCUUAGUGUGGCCCAACUCAAGCAGCUUGUUACUCGGCCUGAUGUUGUUGAGAUGCACGAUGUCACGGCGCAGGAUCCAAGAUUACUGGUGCACCUGAAAGCUACACGAAACACCGUGGCUGUACCAAGACAUUGGUGUUUUAAGAGGAAGUAUCUACAGGGGAAGAGAGGUAUAGAAAAAGCUCCAUUUGAACUACCAGAUUAUAUCCAGGCUACUGGUAUUACAGAAAUGAGGGCAGCUCUAGCAGAAAAGGAGGACCAAAAGAAUUUAAAAUCCAAAAUGAGAGAAAAAGUACGACCUAAGAUGGGAAAGAUAGAUAUAGAUUAUCAGAAACUUCAUGAUGCUUUCUUCCGAUGGCAGACAAAACCUAAAAUGACGAUACAUGGAGAUUUAUAUUAUGAGGGUAAGGAAUUUGAAACAAGACUGAAGGAGAAGAAGCCUGGUAAUUUAUCUGAUGAUUUAAAAACAGCCCUGGGUAUGCCAAUAGGACCUCAAUCAGAAAAGGUGCCACCACCAUGGUUAAUUGCUAUGCAGAGAUAUGGUCCACCCCCAUCUUACCCUAAUCUAAAAAUUCCUGGUCUAACUGGACCUAUACCUGAGGGAUGUUCAUUUGGUUACCAUGCUGGUGGGUGGGGUAAACCUCCUGUUGAUGAAAAUGGUAAACCUUUAUAUGGAGAUGUAUUUGGUACAAAAAGUUCAGAUUUUGAGGCUGCAGUAAAAGAUGAUGAUAUAGAUAGAUCUAAGUGGGGAGAGCUCGAGUCAGAAUCAGAAUCGGAGGAGGAGUCUGAGGAAGAAUCGGACGAGGAGACUCCUGAAGAUAGCGGACUUAUUACUCCAGCUGAAGGACUUGUUACACCCAGUGGAAUCACGUCAGUCCCUGUUGGCAUGGAGACACCAGACAUGAUAGAAUUGCGUAAAAAGCGUAUUGAAGAUUCUAUGGAUCAAGGUGGUGAAACACCUGCGCUGUACCAGGUCAUCCCAGAAAAGAGGACAAAUGUAGGCGCAGCUAUGAUGGGAUCUGCCCACAUCUAUGAUGUGGCUGGAGUACCAGCUGGAGCUAAGAAGCCGGGUGAGAAGGUUUCUACAGAGGGUAUUGAAGUUGCCCUUAACCCUGAGGAACUGGAUCUUGACACUGCAGCAAUGCAGGCCAAGUAUGAUCAGACAUUAAGAGAGCAACAAUCACAACUGGAGAAAGAGGAUCUCAGUGAUAUGGUAGCAGAACAUGCGGCUAAACAAAAGAAACGGAAAAAGAAACAGGAAGAAAGUGGAAAAGCAGCAAAGAAAUACAAGGAAUUUAAAUUUUAAUUUUUAUUAUAAAACAGAAAAUUUCUGUAUGAACUUUGAGGUUUAUGAUACAUAUAUAUACUACAUGUACUGAAAGACGGUAUACGGUUCACAUAGAAGUCUUAUUUUAUUGUAGCCAUUAAGUUCCUGGUCAGGCUAAUAAUAGCUUAACAUUUGAUGAAUUUUAGUCCAAUUAAAGUGACUCGGCUUUAAAAAGAUGGUAAAAUUUACUGUUUUAAAAAACAUGAUUGUGUGACCCCACAGAGUUCAGAUGUAAUGUUAUAGAGAAUGAUGAUUUGAUUGUUUUAAUUGUAUGAAAAUAGUCAUGAAUAAGUCAUGCUACAUUUAUUCAUUUGAUUUCAUGUUAAGAAUCAUUAACAUUUAUAAUGUCAUCAUCAAAAAAAGUCAUGAAUAUAUGCAGUAAAAGCUGAUAAAAAAAUGGAA